AUGGAUCCACAGAGCAGCACUGGACGAGCAACUGUUGAUUUUGAAGAAAGUCGACCUAUCGGUGAUCAUGCUCAAUUAUCUGCAUAUCAGAGAGUUUCUAUUGAGGAUGUUUUAAAUCCGCGACCUGCAAAUCCAAAUCCAAUUGCAAGUUCAAGUGCUCUAAACAAUUGUUUUAAUGAUGAUAUUCACAUGCUGCCAGCUUACAGACAAUUGUCAGAUGUCCAGGAGGAGAUGGUAUGGGAAUUAGGCACUUUAAACCUUGGUCCUGUCAAAGCUUUCCAAAUAAUGAGGAAACGUUAUGGUGGUUUUGAGAAUGUUGGUGCCACGGUUGAUGAUUGCAAAAAUUUUAGGAAGCGAAUUAACAGCUAUAUAGGAGAAUAUGACGCUGACAUGGUGAUUAAUAGGAUGACUGACAAAAAACAGUAUUUAGCUGAUUAUUCGUUUAAAUACUCUGUUGAUGAUGACAAACGGUUAACUGGUUUGUUCUGGGCUCAUGGUUUAUGCAAGCUUAACUAUAUGGAAUUUGGGGAUGCGAUAUCCUUCGAUGCAACUUUCAAGACAACCAGGUACAAAAUGGUGUUUGUUCCGUUCACUGGCAUUGACAACCACUGUCGAAAUGUAACACUUGGAGCUGGGUUGUUGGCAUCGGAGAGCAUUGAAUCAUAUAAAUGGCUUCUGAAUUCAUUCUUAAAGUCAUUUGGUCAGCAGCCAAAGGUUGUAGUGACGGAUCAAGACCCAGCUAUGAAACAGGCUAUUGAGGAGGUGGCUAAUUCACAACUCACUCUCAUAGAGUUUAUGAAUCAUUUCGAUGGUGCAAUGGAUGUCCAACGUUUUAAUCAUAGAAAGAACGAUCAUAUUUCAAGAUAUAUUGAGCCUGCUGAUUGGAGCGAAACUACUUUGGAAAAAGAUGCUGCUAAGAGAUUCAUCAGGUCUAUAUUCUUUGAUAAGCAAAUAGAGAUUUAUGGUACAAUUUCUGAAUGUCUGCCGAUGGACACCAAAAUAGAGGGUCCACAGAUCAGGAUAAUGUUGAAGGACUUUAAAGCCCAUGGAGAUGGUUUAUUGGAGAUCAUCAUCUUGCAAUAUGCGAUUUUGGUUUGUAUCAUGCGAUUUUAA